CGAGAAGUUACAAGUGAAUGGUGGAAAACUAACCAUGUAAAGAUAUAUUAACCUCCAGAGAAAUUGACUAAUAAAGCCGUAAAAUGGUGUCGAUUAUUAAAAAUCAAUUGCUAAAACAUCUGUCAAGAUUUGGCAUAGACUCCAUGAAUUCCUGUCUUAAAAAGGAUUCUAUACUUGUACUGUGUUAGCAAGUCAUGAAUGCAUCGUAAAUUUUCUUUCAGGUUCACAAAGAAUCUCUCGGCAGAUAAGAUUAAUUUGAGUACGUUCAAGGGUGAAGGUGAGCUUACUAAUUUGGAACUGGAUGAAAUCUUAUUAACAGACUUAUUGGAAUUGCCAUCGUGGUUGAGAUUAACUAGUGCUUGGUGUAAUAAAGUUUCCUUUAGGAUACAAUGGACCAAGCUGAAGAGUGUUCCUAUAUUUUUGAGCUUGGAUGAGGUACACAUAGAAGUGGAGACAUGCGAAGAUUUGAGAAGCAUGUCUUCACCGCAAGGUUUAUCUUCACAUGCAGGUCCUGCCAAAUAUUCAUUUAUUCACAAAGUAAUUGAUGGCAUAACAGUGGCUGUCAAUACUGUAAAUGUUACGUUUAAGAGUCCUGCCUUCAUUGCCUCGGUCCAGAUGUCGCGAAUACUUGUGGAAUCUAAAUCACCAACGUGGAUGCGUAGCGAUUUAAGAAUGACGCGUUUAAAAGAUCCUGACAGGGGUCAAUUGCUCAUUUUUAAAGAGUUAGAAUGGCAGACAGUUAGAAUAGAAGCGCGCAGUACCAAAGACAAGGAACUUACGCCACUCCGAUUACUAACAAAUCAAGCGAAAUGUCGAAUAACCAUAAAAAAACGAAUAUCCGAUUGCUUUGUGAUGGGCUCCAGACUAGUUCUUAUACUCGAUGAUCUUCUAUGGGUACUAACAGAUUCUCAGCUUAAGGCUGCUCUCCAUUUCCUGGAUUCCUUAGGUGGUUUAGUAGAAAAAGCAACAGUUCUAGAAAGAAAAACUAAGGCUGCACGAAAAUUGGAGGUCCUGCCAGAGUAUCAGGCACAAAUUUCUCAACAAGCCAGAACAAAAAGCCAAUAUAAUGCAGCUAUCUCUAAAAUAUUUUCAAGAUAUGACGUUGUGGAGACGUCCUACCAUUUUCUUUCACAAAGAAUUGAUCUGCAUUUAUGCGAUGACCCUGGAGCGGGUAGAUCACUUCACCCAGAGUUGAAAGACGGAGGUGCUUUGCAAAUAUCUUUGAUGAAAUUUCAAGUAGACUAUUAUCCUUAUCAUUUGGCAAUGGCUGACAGAAAGCAUUGGGCCAAGUAUAAAGAAGGCGCCACUCCCCAUAGUCAAUGGCUUCAACAGUCAUUGAAUACUUUCCGUGGUCAGUUUAUGGAUCUCAUUGAUUCAGGCAGAUCUCAACAUUCACCGUUGACCAGAAGCCAAGGAAAUGUUACAGCAAAUGAUAUUAAAAUUGGAGAUGAUCACGAUAAGAGUGGGCAAUCACAAAACCAAAAUGUAGGUUCACACGAUCAGAAAAAAAGUUCACAACAUCCUAGUGGCAAUCCUGUUAAAAAUUAUGUGUUAGAGCAACUUGCCAAGUUAAUGACAACUUGUGUGAUCAUUAGAAUUGAUGAUUUCACUUUAUAUAAAGUGACAACAUCAUCGCGAAAGCCUGCACCAAAAGAAUUCAUUACAGCUCAAACAAGGAAGAAGCCUUUACCAGGUGAUCGUGACAGAUUCUGCCUACCAGAGGAUGUAACUAUACUACAUGCGGAAUUCACCUACUACUACUAUCCAGGCGAUAUUAAUUUCCCAUUACCCCCACCGAAGUUUUAUGUGCAACUUAAUCCCAUACAAGUGAACUUUGACCUUUGCUCCUGCCUUUGGUUCAAUUCGUUUGCCCUCAAUCUUCAUCAUUCGUUAUUGGACAGAAAUAACAAAGGCGCUAAUAACCAAGCCAAUCUUAUGUACUUCGAUGUGAAGAUCGAAGCCAUUCUCCCCAGAAUAGUGUUCGAGAGUCAGCAGGACUAUCCAAAUCAAAAAGACAGACCAAAAUCCUUGCACCUUCAAACAUCCAGGGCUACGGUAACCAAUGUCAGGUCCACAGAAAGAUCAUCCAGAGCUGACUUAGCACAGUGUUUAAAUGUGUUUCAAAUGGGCCAGAUGUUUUUUGGUGCUGAAUUUCCAAGUAAAGCAGGAGACUAUCACGUGGUAACCAAUAAAUUUCUGGAACACUGCGCAGGGACUGAUGGUAUCAGAUCACUACCACCAAACUUCAGUAGUAAUUCCAUAAAUGAAAUGAUCCGUCAAUUGAGUCGAGAACUUCUAUGGAUCGAAGCUAAAGAUGUAUGGUGUUGUAACUUUGAGCCUGUAUGGGGUGAUUUUUUUGGCGCGAGAGCAGUAGGACAGAAUCGUCCUGUACCAUUUUUGGAUGCAUUUCCACUGACACUUUGGGUUCAUAUGAAAACCAGUGCAUCGCCAAAAGACACACCGGAAUCCGCAGACAUUCACGGUUUGGCAUACAUAGGGAACUUAGUGAGCAUUCAGAUAAAUCAUUACCAGUACCUCUUCCUUCUGCGACUCUCAGAAAUCAUUUCUGAACUGGCCACGUACCUAGCCGUCGAUUCCAACAAAAUAUUACAAGUAGAGUCAGGAGGAUCACUAGUAAUAGGAGCUCUGAUUCCUCAAGUGGAAGUUACAUUCGUAAUGCCCUCGCAAACUCCCGGCAAAGAAAAUUCAGGUGGUGAUUUGGAAUCUGUUGUACCAGAUUCUUCAAGCAUAGCUGACGACCUGGGUUCCUCUAUGCCUUGGCAGAACAAUACAAAUACUAAGGUGGACUUCAGCACAAAGAGUAUUAGUAUUAAUACUAAUGAGAUAAUAACACCUCAGAGCGAUGGGUCGGGCAUCUUGCUUACGGAUUUUUCACAUGCUACAGUGACACAGCCAACGGUAACUUUUAAACAAAAUGGCAAUAAAAAAUGGGACAAUCCUUUCGUUACUACCACCACCACCACCUUCAAUGAGCGUUCCUUGACUGCCACAGAAAUUGAUUCAGGACCCAUACCAACAAUAUCGAAACACAAUAAACCAGAUGUAAGCGCUGCUACUCCUUUCAUACCGAAUAACUUCAACGUUGGUUUGUCUUCCAUGAAGAAAGGAUUUAGCAACCUGAUGACUUCCAUUGAUUCCGCCCUGAAACCUUCCCCGGAGGAUGGUAGUAGUGACACUAUCUCAAUGAGAAGUGAUGUAAGCUCGGAUAGUGAAAAUUACGUUGUGGUCAGUCUUGAGGAUCAGGAAAAGGUUGACGCCAUGUUUGCUAUUGAUAAUACCAUCAGGAUAACAAGCGUGGAAGAAGCUAGUGAAGUCGUCGAGGAGACUCCUGAUACACAGAGCGAGCGAUCGGUGGACAGUGUAUGCAAAAGGAGGGACUUGGUAUCAAUGGCGACGUUUAAGUUAUCUAAAGUUGAAUUUAUUCAACAAUCGUCAGGAUUUUCUUCAGCAAUUAAAGUGCAGGUAUCCAAUAUUGGAACUGAAGAGUGUUCUUCAAUACCCUGGGAUGAAUUUCAGGCCAAAAGAAAGAGCAAAUUCAGUUCUCGUACGAGAGGAUGGUUCGAGUUACCAUCGGAUUCAGACUGUAGAUCCCGCAUAAAAAUGCGACUGGAUCAUGGCCUCAAGAACACUGAAGACUCACGAAGACUGUCACAUGCUAGUCAAAGUACUAGUGGCAGCAGCAGAAGAUCAUCACAAGAUCGUGGUGUACUGGCAGAGCCAGAAACGAAUAUUUAUAACAUGUAUCUCCAUGAUAAAGUCAAACUGCUGGCUCUGUUUGAAGACAAAUUAGAAGUCAAGGUUGUUGAUGUACCAUUGACAUUGUCAAUGAGCUCAGUGACAGGACUAACUGACUUGACAGAAGAUGAAGUCAUACCGAAACCUAUCCCUAUGCAGAUCUUUCUGGAAAAUAUUUCCUUGCGUUUGAACGAGGACCGACCACCUAACAAUAUAACAUCUCCUGGUCCAAUUCCAAUAGAUUUGAACAUAUCUAAGCUUAGGAUAUCCCGGGAUUCCAAUGGUGUCUUUCAUAUUGAACCAAUUGUGAGCAUUCCGGAGGAGAGCUCGUCGAACACUACCAUUUCUAGUGGGAAAAUACAAAGCAGUAAGGAUAUCGACCGUGAACUCGAACUGAAUACCUUGAAACAGUCUAGCAGGCAGUUAAAAUCUGACAACGAGGAACUGAAACGAAGACUUGUAGCCUUCGAAAGACUUUUAGAAGAGAAUUCAAAGCUAAGACGAGUCAAGGAGGAGUCCGAGGUGCUAAGAUCAUGUUUAAACGCUGCCCAGGGUGACGUCUCGACCUUGUUAGAAGAGAAACGGACCCUCCAGGAAACCGUCACAGACUUGCAAAAUCAAUUAAUGGGUAACGGUCCGGGAAAUAGUAACAGAAUGUCCUGGUCCAUUAAAAGAUAGCAUACCAGUUGUUUUGACUGUUCAAAAUGCUGCAGCGCCAACAAGUCAUAAUGUAUGAAAUAUUUUCUUGUACGUUGCGCACGUAUUUUAAUAACGUUCUUAAACCUCAGCAAAGAAUUGACGAUGGAAUUUACAAGUAUCAUCAUGGAAUUGUCAUAACUUAAAUUUAUUGGACGCUGAGACCAAGGCGAAAACGCGAAUUCAAUUUAUUUAGAUUUUAUUAUUUACUAAUAUUAUGAAUUUCUCUUCUAAUGCUGUCUGCCACUAUCACGCUAGUGUAACUGCCGUACAGACCUUUAAUGUCUAAAAAACAAUACUUUGCCUGGUCGUGGUGUUAUUGCGAAUAGAGUCGCAGGUGAUGUUUGUAUGAUGCUGUAAGUGUCCACUAUCAAAUCUGAUCAAGUUAAAGCACUUUGUGAUUGUGACUUCUUCAGAACUAAAUUUCACAUUCGUUGAAGUUGUCUUUAGCAUUUGAAUUUGGAUAUGACAUAGGAUCCUAACGUAUGUUAUACUUUGCGAUAUGAUGUACAAUACUAUUUGUCUUUGUAUCUAAAGAGAAAGGCCCUUACACAAAAAAUGCAAGGUUCCGAGCGAUAGACUAUAAUUAAUUGCAAUAUUUAGGCUCGCCUUUAAAUAUUUUUUAUCAAUUAGUUAUAUUAUCUGGGAUAUAGUUAUAUGUAUAAUUAGAUCUUCUACACUACACUAAUAUUUGCUGUUGAUAUUGUAUAACACAUCGUACGACUCAAAUUGUAAAUAGUAUGUAUACCAUGUUAAGUAUGCUAGUCAGGAGGUGAAACAAGUUUAUUAUCUUAUUUCACAAUUAUACGUGAUUGACACAAAACUUUUUAUCUAAAAAUGAAAACAUAAUUUCGACGAACUGAGCUUUAUUUAUCGUCUUAUCAAGUUUCACACGGGUGAAUGCAUAAGUAACAGAAGCAUCAAUAUUAUGUAUAUUUCAAAGCAGAAUGAAUUUCGGUUCCGAUACUUAGUUAAAAAUGGUUUUGUAUAUUGAGAGAGAAAAGAAAAAAAAAGCGAAAGUCGUGACACCAAGAAGAUAUUGGUAAAGAGGAUCAAUUCCCGUGUAUUCUAUGUCCGAAAUAAAACCAUUCCAACCCUCUUCAGAACUUCUAUGCUGGUCCAGUCUAUCUCUCGUGCCCACUGCACUCACUAGGCCUCAGACACAUAGUACUAUAAGAGGCUGGUCCUCUUUACUAAUAUUUCUACGUUGGUCAUGAUUGUGCAUGAAUAUAUCAGGAUUAUGAUGGAUUUUGAACAGAAAUCAUUAUCCUGAUACAUAUUGAAUAACCGCAAUUUCCGGUGAGUAUGCAAUGGCAAUCUUGGAGCUGUACGAAAAAUAAUUUAUUAAUCAAACGAUGUGAUACGUGAUAUAUAGAUUGUUCUCUUAAUUAAUUUGUAUUUGGUAGUGAACGAGGAUCAUGAAAUUUCGGAUUGCAAGCUGAUCCUCUGUGAAUAAUCUCAAUGGAAUAUUUUUAUAGUAUGAAGUCAUUAAACGGAUGUGUCCAGGAAUGAUGUUUUAGGUGUAAUCGAACAAUAUUAUUUUCUAAUCUGUUUUCAUAGAAUACUCUCAAAGCACGAGCUAAUAUCUAAAAUGAAGUGAAUUACGGUGUUAAAUUAAGAUAAACGUUGUCGUCGAUUUUUCUUAUUAUGAGACGUCGUACUUUGAGAUGUAUUAGAAUAAUGAAGCUUUGAAGUCAUCCGUGAUAAAUGAUAGUUCAUUUAGCGCAUAGCAUAUGACUUGUAUGAAAGUUUUGCCUAUUGGCCUUUGGAAUUGUACGAUUCUUUAGACUUGUCUCUUCGCAGUUUCAUUAUUAUACUCUUUAUUAUGUUCUAUGACAGAGUAUUAUAAACAAGACGUAUUGUUUAUAUACUAUAACCUGAUACAUGUUAAUAUGAAGAUCGAAAGUAUAUUUCAUUGAAAUUACAAACUUAUUACCUUUUUCUUUGUAUUAGAGUUCUCUUAAUCAUAUCCUGUCGGUCUAUAAUACUGCUGUCAUAGUUACAAAAUGCAAGAAUGGAUCUCUGGUGAAUAUGAUGUGAACAUUGUAUGCAAUUCAUUUAACUUUUCCUAUCGACCAGAUUAAAGAUUUUGCUAGGAAUAAUGUUCUGAUCUAUAUUCAUAAUAGAAGAUUCAACAGUUUGGUUACAAUAACAAUAAUAUUAUUUAUACUAUUUUUGGUGAAUACUAUUAAGGUAAAGGAUUACGUGUAAAAUGAAAUCCAUUCAUGCAUCAAAAUUUACUGUAAGGUUCAAAGUGAAACUUCCAUUGAGAAAUAGUAUGGAGUUUAUCUGUCUUUUCGAAGCGAUAGUUUUCCAUGCAUUAUGCCUAUUGACAUUGCUAACGCAUAAUACUAAUUCAUCACGUACAAAAUUGAGCGUAUAUUAAGAAAAGCGUCUCACUCCCCAAGGUUAUUCAAAACAUUUCUUGUCUUUUUGCGAAUGGAAUAAUUGUAUACUUUAAUUUUUUUUUAAACUGGGAAGUCACUCCUAACGACUGAGUAGGUGCAAGUGGGGGUUUAGAAUAAUUAGAAGCAAAAAUACUACAUAUAAAUUUAUAAUUCCGUUUUCUUUGUAUGACUUAUCUAUAUGUAUAUCUACAAUGACUAAUAUGAGUUCAUUUUUAACUAAUAACUACAAUUCUCACAUCUUAUCGUUAGACCAAACAGAAACUGUGUACAGUGCAAUUUGUUAUUAUUAUUCUAUCAAGCAUCUAAAGAAUGCUUCCUUAUUUCAUUUGAAGUUUGUUCUUAAAGCGAACCUAUAAAAAAUACUGGCUGCAUUCAGUAAGUUUUUAUAUUAAUGUCAAAGAAUGUAUCACUGUAUCGAUCAAUUGUUAAAACUUCUUGACAUUAUUUUUACAGCCAUAACUUGUCGAAUGUAUUCAGUAAUAUGAACUUAUUGUUUUAGAUGGUUUAAUUCUAAUACCAUAGCUUUAGAGUACAAGAAAAUCUAUGAAGUUUGCAUAACAGAUUUGAGUGUAAUAUAUACAGCAAAUCUAGAUGUGAAGCAAGCUUCCAAGAUAUAAUCAGAUAUAUGAUUUUUACAAGAUAUACAUUUCCUUGGGUGUUGUAAAUUAUAUACGAAUUUAUUGUUUGCUGUAUUUCUGUUCCUUAUAUCAAUAUACCCUUGUUGGAAUUGCAAAA